GCACGGAUGAAGCACACACCAUACCAGCGACCAGUCCCUCUCUCAGGACUCUCUAGACCUCCGAGGCAGUCUUCGUGGUGCUGGUCUGUGUAGAUCCGAGACUCGUCCCCCUCCAGCUAUGGUUUCCUUCAGAACGAUGUGGUCGUUGGUGGUGGUAGUGGUGGUGGUGGCAGCGAGUCUGGGCUCGUCUGGUGUCCAUGGACGGUCCGUUGAAGGGUCGUCGAGGAUGGAGCGACUGUUGUCGUCUGGGUCGUCAUCGUCGGAACCUCUCAGCUUCCUCUCCCAAGACCAGAGCGUCAACAAGCGACAGGUGUUCGACCAGGCUUGUAAAGGAAUAUACGACAGAGCCAUCUUCAAGAAGCUUGACCGAGUGUGUGAAGAUUGUUACAACUUGUACCGUAAACCCUACGUCGCCACCACCUGCAGACAAAACUGCUAUGCCAAUUCCGUCUUUCGUCAAUGCCUUGACGACCUUCUCUUGAUAGACGUUGUUGACGAGUACAUCUCCGGCGUCCAAACUGUCGGCAAGUAAGGUGACAGAUCUGUCACCCCGACCUGCCCUCUUCUCACCACGACCUGCCCUCUCUCACCACGACCUGCCCUCUCUCACCACGACCUGUCCUCUCUCACCACGACCUGUCCUCUGCCACCGCGACAAGCCAUUUCUCCACCACUACCACCAACACGACAUGCCCUCUCUCCACCACUACCACCACCACAACCUGAUCUCUUCCACCAUGACCUACCUUCUCCCUCCACGACUUGCCUUCUUCCUUAACGACGAACGCUCUCCCCACCACUAGGAUUUGAUCCUCUCUCCACCAUUACAACCCCUACCACCUGCCCUAUGAACAUUAUUACCACCACCACCACUACAACCUACCGUCUCUCCACCACUACAAUCUACAGUCUCAACACAACUACAACCACCACGGCCUGUCGUCUCUCCAUCACUAGACACCUUUGAGCAACUCAAGACAUCUCUUGGCACAGAUGGACAUAUCUGGGCACGGUUGGACUCAUCUUGACACAUCUUGGCACAGGUGGACAUUUUUUGGCACAGUCUGACAUAUCGGGGCACAGUUGGACACAUCAAAGCACAAUUGGACACAGCUUAGCACAGUUAGACAUUUCUCUGCACAGUUGGUCACAGCUGGACUCAGUUGGACAACAUUUGGGCACAGUUUGACAUUUCAGGGCACAGCUGGACACAUCUGGGCACAGCUGAACUUAUCUGGACACAGUUGGACACAUCUUGGCACAACUGGAUACACUAAGCCAUAUUUGAAGUGCAUUUGGGUUACUUGCGAACGUCAAGGAAAAUCGGCUAGCGUGUGGCAUUGCAUUCUAAGGACACACAUUGGUCAUCUAGCUGCCGGGAGGCUUGCUUGGGUGUCCGUGGUUAAGCUAUGGACGCCAAUGAACCUCAAAGGAUGCCAACGGAUGCCGGCAUCCGGCAGACGCCCGUAGAUGCCAGCAAACGCCUGUAGAUGCCAGUAGACGCAUAUGUGUGCCAACGGACGGCCAUAAGUGUCUCGACGCUUACGACAAGAGCAGUCGGGUCAUGGGGCACUCCAAGCCUUCGGAGCUCUCUCAACAAAGUUGAUAACUAAUCUGAGAAUAUGUUCUUUCUUUGACCACGAGACACCGCCUGUGCCAGAAGUCACUGUCACUUGUGCUUGGAGUCACGGUGCCAAGCUUACAGUCGUGGCUGACGACGCCGUGCUAUUAUCUGUAUACAUGUAUACAUUAUCUAUAUACAAGUAUAGACAGACACGGAAGCUUAUACAUAUAUCCAUGUUUAUUUAUCUUAAGCCAUCGAUUUUAAGGUGUAAUAUUAGUAUUUACCUGAGCCAAGUUAAAUAGUUACUAUCGUAUAUGUAUGAGAGAUAGAGAGUUGAUAUAGAGGUAUAAGAGGUAGGGCUCAGCUUGACACAGUUAUCCCUCUCAGCCACAUUUUCAGUCAUGUUUUUAGAGAAAACAAUUAUAUUUUCUUACUGAAGUUUAUUCAGUAAGAAAAUACUGUACUAAUUUUUACUGAAGUUAGACUCUUUCAAACAAAACUGUUCAUACACACUCUUAGAUAUACAAGUACAAUAUACAAAAGUGAUAUACACACAUGAAGGGCAGCUGGUCACGGGAUAACUUGCUAUAUUUUGUGUACUGUAUUGAACCGUCGGACCGUCUGGGAGAUGAAGGCUUCUCUGGUAACACUACUUGCCUAUAUUGUGUAGGCAUUAAUGAACCUCAUUUUCUAUACCAAAGAUUAAUGUAAUGAGACAAACAGACAGACAGACAGACAGGAAAUAAGACAAACAAAUUUACUAGUGGUGGAGCGCUGCGACUAUCAACACCUCUUGUGUUUAUGAGAAUAAAACUGCAUCAAAU